GCUCCAGCCCCCGACGGUGCCGGCAGAGCCGGAGCGAGCGGUCGCGCCCCGGAGACUCCGCUGCCGGCCCCGCCAUGGUCUCGGCUCCGCGCUGCCGGUCCGGCGCCCGGGGGCUCCUGGCGCUGCUGCUGCUGCUGCCCCUGCCCGGGGCUCGCGGUCUGUGUGGGACCCCGCCAACGCUCAGUCGUGCCGUCCCCCGUGAUACUAGUCGCACAGAGGGCUUCCCGAUCGGCACAGAAGUGACGUACAGGUGCAGUGAUCCCUUUGUUAAAAUCCCUGGAAAGUCAGACACUGUAGUUUGCCUUUCAAACUCACAGUGGUCAACCAUUGAAGAAUUUUGUAAUGGUGGCUGUCGUGCCACACCAAGGUUAAAAUCUGCUGUCUUAAGUAAGGAAGAUGAGAGGAGGAAUUACUGUCCUCCUGGGACCACUGUGAGUUAUGUCUGUCGUCCAGGAUAUGAGGAGACCGAACUGAGACCUGUCAUUACUUGUCUUAAGAAUUCAACAUGGUCAGAAGCCCAUGAGUUCUGUAGAGGGAAAUCGUGUGGUGUUCCAAAAGGACCAGAGCAUGGCAGAGCUGUUGAUGCAACAAAUUACCUGUAUGGUGCAAGAGUAAACAUCAUUUGUGAUGACGGGUUCAGAUUACGCGGGAGGACUUUCAUCCAAUGUACGCUGAAGGGAGAUCAAGUUGAAUGGAGUCAACUUCCAACUUGUGAAGCAAUACCUUGUCUUCCACCUCCUGAUAUCCCCCAUGGAUCCCGUACUGUUCAGAGUGAACAAGAGUUUUCCUUUGGCUUAGCGGUAACUUACAAAUGUGACCAGGGCUUCUCUCUUAUUGGAGAGGCCUCCAUUCAUUGUACAACAAAAGAUCAUGACAACGGAGAGUGGAGUGGGCCUGCCCCUGAAUGCAAAGAUUAGUAGCGUCUGUUUUUUAUCCCCUUCUUGUUCUA